AAUCUAUAAUAUAUACAAACUUAAUUGAAAUAAUGUCGCAAGUGCUGGGCGCAGUUGCGCCGCGUAAGGAGGUGACAGGCUUGAAACGCAUGACGCCCAAAGGAUUGAGAGAUUUGUGUAAAAAGGACAAACUCUAUCAGACUCCGCGUCUCAAUGAUGUGCUCUAUUUGCACUAUCAAGGCUAUCAAUACAUUGAAAGCUUGGAGGAGUAUACGGAGCUCAAGUGUUUAUGGCUGGAGUGCAAUGCUAUAUCCGAAAUUGAAGGCUUGACACAGCAGAGCAAACUCAAGUGUCUCUUUCUACAAAAUAAUCUUAUUAAGAAAAUUGAAAAUCUUGGACCAUGUGCUGCACUGGAUACGCUGAAUCUCAGCUUUAAUCACAUACGCAAAAUUGAAAAUAUUGGCAGCGAUAUUUUGCCUGUUUUGAAUACGCUAAACAUUUCCUCAAACUAUUUGAAAGAUAGCGAAAGCAUUGCUCAGUUAGCUGAGUGCAAAAACUUAUCCGUAGUGGAUUUAUCCAAUAAUCGCAUUGAUGACAUUUUAGUUGUUAAGAUAUUUGAGCAAAUGCCUUGCCUCAAAGUUUUGGUGCUACAAGGCAAUCCUGUUGUAUCUCGCUUGCCACAAUAUCGCAAGACUCUAAUACUAGCUUGUAAAGAGCUUACCUAUCUAGACAGUCGUCCUGUGUUUCCACGCGAUCGUUCUUGUGCUGAGGCUUGGAAAAAGGGCGGCUAUGAAGCUGAGCGCAAGGAAAAUCAGCGUUGGAAUCGUGCUGAGCGCAAAAAAAUGCGCGAUAGUGUUAACUAUACCAUCAAGCUCAGAAAUAAACAUUUGGCAGAGGAUAAGCAGGAAAGUUUGUUAACCUCUACUGAUUCCGAAGCAGAAAAUGAAGUUGACAUGCGUUCGGAGCAAAAUCGUUUAAAAUCAGCUAUAGAGUAUGGUUGUGUGGAUGACAUGUGGAACGAAGUUUCGGGCUCAGAGGCCAAAUCAGCGUCAUCUGAUGAAGAAAAUACGCGCCCCAUAGUUGAGCAGUCAAGCAAGCAUAGGCUAGCGCCUUUAGAUGGACGCCCUAAGGUGUUGCAUGAAUCACAAUAUGAUGAUAUGGAUGAAGCAGCAAAGCAGCAGCUUGUAGAGGAAAUUAUAACAGAAGUGGCAGAUGUGGGCGCAGCUGACAAUAUUGAAAGUAUUAAUAUUGAUAAAGAGUCUAAAAUUGAAACUAUCAAGCAGCCAGAAGGCAAGCGCUUAGUUAUUGAGGAGGGCAGCUUUAAUGAUGUUAAAGAACAGUCUGAAUUACCAGAGGCCAACAUACAUGAUGAAAUUAAUGCGCUAAUUGAUAAGACAGUGUCUGAAUUGCCUGUGCUGCAAAUUGAAGCCAAGAAUAAACAAAUGGAUUGUCCAGACUUGGAUGAGAGUGAUACCAUCUCUGAAGAUCCAACACUUGUAAACAGUGAGCCAUCAAUAGGCUUGGAAAAUGAUAGUGAAAUAGGCUCAGGCUCAGAUCUGGAGCAGUCAUGUCAGGCCUUGGGUGCUGUAGCCCAAAGCUAUGAAGAAAAAACCAAUGAAGACUUAGUGAGACAGUCUAUUGAUAAAAUGUACAAUGAUUUUGGCACUGAGAUGUAUGCAGAGCAUGCAAAGCCACUUGGUGCUUUACUAGAUGAAGGCACAACCGACUUUGAACUUAAACUUGAUCUAAGCAGCGCAGAUUAUCCGCCGUUAAUAGAUAAUGAAGAGUGUGCUACUGAGCGUACUAAGCGUAAUACAACUGAUAAUGCAGUUAAUAUAGCAGAGGCAAAUGCAAGAGCAGCCAAUGAUUUUGAAUAUCUAAGCUCAAACUUGGAUAAGACUUUGGAAGCAGUAAGGCAACCCAUAGAGCAGCUGCAUGCCGAACCCAAUAAAGACUCUGAUGACAGUGAUACUGCAGCACUAGAUGAUAAGGAAUGCAUUGAAUUAAUCACCACUGUGCGAUCACGUCGCAUAAUAGAAGAGUUUACUGUGCGACGCGAGCGCAUAAGCGACAGCAGCACUAAGUCAAAGGAAGAAAAUGUAAAUGAAAAUGAAACAAGUGCAGCUCAGUCCAUUGAUAAAGAAUUGAAAUUAGAGCACAUUGUAACUAAAGUAGCUGAAGCCGAAUAUAACUUUGCUAAAAUACUGGAUGAGGCCACUGAUAAUGUGCCGAAGCGUGUGUUUGGCGCUGGCUACGAUAAGCCCAGCCACGAUUGGCUUAAUGAGGAGCGCUGGCGUCAGCUAAAAGUAAAGGACAUGUUUGAUGACUUGACUGAGGAUGAAUAUGAGAACAUUGUACCGCUUAGAGAACGUGAGCUCACAAGUGCUGAGCAGGCGCAUGAAAUUUGUGAACAAAUGAAUAAAAAGCUAGCAGAGGAUGAAACUGAUUUGCGCAAUCUGCUGCAGCAGCUGGAGAACGAAAACGAAGCCUUGUAUGCUAUUUGUGAUAAUCUAGAGGCUGAAGAUUUGGAGCCGCUGCCUGAGCCAGACACUGCCGAUGUAUGUCAAUCAGUGCUGAAUGGCAUUAUCGAUGAGCUGCAAUAUCAGGAAGUUAUAAAUGCACAAAAUAUAAAAAGCUUUGACUUUGGACUCAUUGAAUCAGAUGAAGAGUACAGCUACUCUGCUAAUCCCAAAGUAGAGCGCAUUGUGCCAGCUGAGCUGGAGGAUCCUGCAGGCGGCAAAACGCUGCGUGAGUGUCUGGAUACUUUUGGCGACUUCUAUGGCUCACUUAGCGAGCGCGAGUAUCAAAGCGGCAAACAGCGCAAACUAUCAACAAGCUCUGAGAAAGUUACAGCAGCCAAGCAGCUAUUAAAAUCAAAAAUGUUAGCCGAACUCAAUGAAGACAAUGUAGACGCUCAGCUAGCCAAACAUGAGAAGAAAACUAAGCGACGAGCUGCAGCAAUUGCAACGCGUUGUUAUGAAAAACGCGAGCAAUAUGAAGAUACACUUGAAGUUGUUGACGGGCGUUUGGUUAUUGUUAAAAAGAGUACUGGAGAUAUAGAAGAUUUGCCGCCGCCACCUGAGCUUAUAAGCGAUAGUGAGCUGUCUUCAUCAUCAUCGUCGUCGUCGUCGUCUGCUGAGGAUGAUGACUAUGAAACAGCCGAGGAGGAGUCACAGCACGUGCUUGAAUCCGAUGGGCUGCAUGUGUCGCGUUUAACUACAACUCGCGCUCAGGGUCCAAAGUCUGAGCUGCCAGAGUCUGAAGUGUUUCAUUCAAUGAAUCUUUGCAUAACUGAAGACGCUGUAGAAGAAGAAACUGAUGCUGAGCCAGAGUCAGAGUCAACAAAUGAGUUUUUCUCACUGGAGGCCAAGUCAACAUUUGAUUCUUUGGAUACGCAGUUUUUGGAAAUGUUAGAUCUGCAAAAGGUUAUAGGCAACGAUGGAGAAAUAACAACUGAUGGCAUGCGUAACUAUAAUGAGCUGACUAAAGAUGAUGCAGAGCAAAGUGUUGUGCAGUCGCUUGAGGCUGAUGAGGUUAUAAUAAAUUUGGUUGAGCGGCAACAUGCGCAGGAAGAACGCGAGCAAAAGCUGCAGGAAGCUAAAGAAGCACAGGAAUUGCCUGUGAACAAAUAUAAGCUAGUGGAGUCUGAUAUAUUUGGAGAUAUUGAUGAAAACAAAACAAAUCAUUUGUCUAUAGAAGCAGCAGCUGUGGAGGCUGAAACUAUAGAAAUAAAUGCAAGUACAGUGGAGAAUCAGUGCAAUGUUUUAGAAAACGAAGACAUUGAGCAAAAGUUGCCAAACGAGCAGCUUAAUGCUGAAGAAAAUAUUGAAAUUAAAGAAAAUGUGCAAGCAAUAGAAUCUGAUGAUUUGGGCGCUGCAGCUGCUUUAGGCCCCAUCAAGUUAACAUUAGGUAGCUGCACUAUAUACGAGCGUGAAAGUCAAGUAGCAAAUGAGAAUAUAGAAGCCAACCAGACUAAAACAACUGAAGCUAAAAUUGAGCUAAGCAGUUUAAAUGCUGCGAAUGAAACUGAGCAGCAAAUAGAAAAAUCUAAAUGCACAACUAGUGUUAAGCUAGUGUCUGAAACUGAAAAUUUGGCAACGCAGCAACAAAAUGCUGCUAAUGAUAAAGUUGAUGAUGAUAUAUUGUCAGAUGAUUAUACAGAUUAUGAAUCUGAUGAGUCUAUUGCUGUGGUUGAGCCUCCCAAGCUGCCAGCUGGCGAGCUGAUUGAACUUUGUGCCAAUCAGUUUGAGGAAAGCUCCAAAGUUGAUCGCGAAUGCGACGAAGUUUUGCGUAAAGCGCUUUUUAAUUUGCCUAUAAAGCAGCAGAAUUUCGAAAUAAAAAAAAUGGAUGAAGAUGAAACAGAAAAUCAAGAUUUACAAACAGUUGAGAACAGUCAGGAUGAAACUAAAGUAAAAUGUAAAAUAUGCGAAAUUACAGAUAUAAAUAAUCAGUCAACUGAAGUUGGCGAACAAAUUGUUAAGGUAAUGGAUGAAAAUGAUGAAGACGAUGCUACAGAUGCUUUUGGAGAGCUGCAAAUGAAUGCCAAACAGCAAUGGGACAAACUAUCCAAGAGGCUGCAUGAAUUUAUAAGUGCAGAUGAUAUGAAGUUGCUGGAAAAACAAGAAUUUAAAGAGUCGGAGAACGAAGCUGAUGACGACGAUGAGGAGGAGGCAGAGCUUAUGAAAGAUUUGAGUGAUUUACAAGCAGUAAAUGUUGCAUUGGAUGGCAAUAUAGAUAUUAAAGCUGCAGGUGAUUCAACAAUGAUAGAAACUGAUGCAGAAAAUAUAGAAAACAAAGAUAAAGAUAUGGAAGCCAAGUCGCCAUCAAAUGAUAAUCAAACUGCAAAGCCAACAAUUAGGCUGGACUAUUUUGAAGACCCCAAUGUGGAUGUGGAUGCUGCAGACUUUGGCGUGGACAGUGUGCUAAAAACCGAAGAGAUUGAAUGCAAUUUAGAAAUACUCAACGAAGAUGAUGAUACAGUUGUCAAAAAUGUGAGCGUUAGCGCACAAGUGAAGUAUGAAUUUAAAUAGUUUAAGUAGUUUGCUUUUUAUAAUUUAAUAGUUCAAAAUUUAUUUUACAUAUCGUAAUCUAAGCGCCAGUGUAAACAAAGCAAAUAAUGAAUGAAAACAGAAAAAAGUAAAUAAACGUACGAAAAGUCAAA